CGCUUGUUUUGCUGCUGAGUUCUGCGGGCUUGCGUUACUGAGCGUUGUCCGGGCAGGUUCCUGGCCUUCUGCUUCAGGAGUCAGUCUCUUCUGUAAAAGGGCGGUCAUGAGGGUAGAGUGUGGAAAGGUCAGUCAUUUUUAAUUUUAGUGCCGUUGCAAUCGCUCAAAGCGCGUUUAUUGAGCAUUUACUGUGCCACCGAGCUGGACACGGAUGAGCGUCUGGAACUGGAAAUCGAGCUUUUGAGGCCACGGUGUGAACACAUGAAUAAAAGAAGAAAAUUUCUUCUUGCCUCAGUUCUUGGUCUCCAGAGUUCAAGUUUUAUAUAUCCUGCAUGUCAAAAGUGCUACUCUCGGAUAAUCCUACUCUCCAAAAGGUCUAAUUGUCCAAAAUGUGGCUCUACUGGUAAAGUUGAAAAUGCCAGUUACAGAUAUAAACUUUCCAUAAAAGUUGCAGAAUCAAACAAAUUAUUUGGCAUUACUAUAUUUGGAAGAUGCUUAGAUGCAUUCUUUGGUCUUACAGCCACCGAUUUGCACAGAUACAUUCAGGAUCCUAAUGAAAUUCCAGAAACACUGAGCAGUGACGCAACUCAGAACCUACUAACUAAAGCAGUUGAAACUUGCUUUGUUGGACAGAGCUUCAUUUUUGGAGUGACGAAUUUUGAAAACCAAGCUGGGCAAGGUUCAAAUUCCAAUAACUUCUUACAGCAGUGCCCUGGCCUCAAGAGAGAAGUUAAAGCGCUAGUAGCGUUCCAGAUUGUUCUACCAGACCCGGCUGUUGCAGGCCUCACUGUCAUUGACUGUUUCCAUCAGCUCUUGCAGCUUUCUGAUUUCAGGAAACUUCACAAUGGCUCCCAGACACCUAAUAGCCACUUACCUGCUUUAGAAUACUCAAGUACUGAUCUCAGCAGCAUAUGUUGCCCUGACAGCAGUUCUUGUUUUUUUGAGUCCCACAGCAGAGAUAAUUUUGUUAGAUUCUGGCAGCCAUCACUUGAACUCACUUCCAUUGUUUCAAAACUAACAGAUGAUGAUAAUUUUUCAGCUUCAGAACAAAGCCAGGCCACUGAUACUCUUCACCAGAACAGAAAGUGCAUCUCCUUUGCAGAGGCCACUGGUUCCAGUAGCUCCCAUGAAGUCAUUCAGCGUCCGUGGAGCCUCGUUUCAUAUAUGGAUGCAAAGAGCACAGCACCAAAGUUGGAUCAAGAGCUUGGCUUACAAGCUAAUCAGCCAAAUGUAGUUCACCAUGAAAUUGGAGUUACUGGCUCUAAUUUAUUCCCUUUGAAAAUGCAAAAGGUCCUUGAGCCAAGUAAUACAAAAUCCUUCCACAGUGCAGUAGACAAUAAAAAUAGGUAUUUCCAGUAUGAGCGAACACAUCACCAGCAUCACAAUGUCAGUACCCCCCCGAGCCUUGAGGAGAGACCUAUAUAUUGUCCACCUUCAUCACUCAGACUUGAAGAGGUAGCUGGUGAUUCCCAGGAUUGUGACCCCGAGAUGUGGGAUGAUCUGCCAUUCUCUGAAAGCUUGAACAAGUUUCUGGCUGCUAUUGAAAGUGAGAUUGCUAUAACCCAGACAGAGGCCAGCAGUAGGAAAUGUCAUCUGGAUAAUGACAUCGAUAAAUUACAUGCAGACCACAGUGGGAUAUCUGUGAUUCCCUCGAGAACUACUGGAGCCUUGUAUACACCACCGAUAGCUUUAAGAUCAUCACAAGAAACAGUCAAAGCAAACUCUGGCAAAGAUGACUGCCUUUACACCUGUGAAGCAAAUCCAACUCCUAAUGUUCUGAAGAAGUCCCAACCAGGUAACACAGCAGAGGCGAUCUCUAUAAGUAGUCAUGAAAGAGAUAUUUCUGACUGUUUCCUGCCAAACGCGUAUCUGUCAGCUCUCUUUCCAUCUUCAAAAGGCUCAGGAACAAGAGCUACUCUUAGGAAGUCUACCAGAAUUCCACCGCAUAGGCCUGAAGUUUUACGUAAGCACAAUAAUCCAGAGAGUGACCAUUCUUGUCUCGAUAUCAAAUAUUUUGAUGGAUGUGGAGUAAAAUCACUUUCAGAAAUGAGUAGUAAGUUGACAACUCUGUGUUCUUGGAGGUAUAAUGAUGUUUCUGACCUUUGCAACUUAGAAAAUAAACAAUAUAGUAGGUGGCCAAAGAACCAAGAUGACAGUCUUACAAUUUGCAGGAAACUUACAUAUCCCUUAGAAGCUCUUUGCAGUAGUCCAAAUAGAAGUACAGAUGCAUUAAAAGAAAUGCCUUAUGGACAUACCAAUAACAAUAAUUUAACACAGAACUAUUCUGAUCAUGAAGGGAGCUACAAUGCUUCUGCGGAUCUCUUUGAUGAUAGUGGUAAAGAAAUGGAUGUUGCAACAGAAAUAACCAAAAUAUCACAGGAUAUUUUGUUACAAUGGGGAAAGUCUUUGGCAAAAAAUCAUACAAAAUCUGAUUUUUCACCGAGAUCACUUUCUGAAAGCUCCAGACAAUCUUCACAAAAAUUAUCCUUGCAAAACAUGUCUGCCACUAUGUACCCAAAAACAUACUCUUCUCCACCUCAUUUUCAGUCAGAUUUAGAAAAUGAUUUUGAAGAUAGCCAAGAUUUUGUUCCAUGUUCACAGUCAACUCCAGUUGCAGGAUUCCACCAAACAAGAAUUCAUGGGAUGAAAGGAGCUUUCAAGAAACUACCUGCCUUCUAUUUAGAUCUUGAUGUUAACUAUAAAGAAACAAAGAUUUCGUUUGAAAAUGAGGCACAGCAAGCCACCUCCAGCUGUCCAAAAAAUAAAAAAACAUCCAGCCAGAAAUCCAGAAGCCCUAUUAUAUCUGAUAUUGCACAACCAGAGGUUUUCAACAACUGUCCUGUUGCCGAGUGCCUUGAAUCUGACAUUGAUGAAUGGGUCCCUCCUACCACAAAAAAAGUAUUUCUUUCAGAUAUGUUCAGAUUGCAAACCAUGGGUCUAAGGAAAUGCCCUGCUGCCUGGACUCCUGAUCAAAAAGAGUUACCGAGAAAGAAACCGAAAUAUGUCCAAGAAAGAACUGAUAAACAUUUAGUUCAAGAGUUAAAUUUAAAGAAUAUGCUUUCAGCAGUAGUUACAAAACAGGAAACUCCUAACUAUAGUAGUACAAAUUCAGGCUGGAUUUCCAAAGAGUCUGUUUUAGGACUUGAUUCUUGUUCAGAAGUCAAAUGUUGCCUUCCAUUUUCAGAAAAUUGGCCACCUUCAGUGCCUGAAACUAAAAGCGCUUGGUCUCCUGAGUUGUUUUCAUAAAAAGUCACCAGAACCCAAUUGCUGAACUUUUACAGUUAAGUCUGUGCGGAAACUUUGUCCUCCACUGGCAUGGAACCCAUUUUGAACACUUGAAGAGACACAAAUAGAAAAGAGGUGCUAUUUGUGCCUUUUUAAAUGUUUGUAUAGCCAUUAUUUUUCUCAGUGUUUUAUCCAGAAUACUCUGAUGCAGAUCAUUUGACACUUUAUUCUAUAUUGUUGAUUGUACUUUAGUAAUAUUGUUAAUU